AUGAACGAAACGGCAUUGGGAAUUGGGAAGAUGUACGAAGAGUUUCGAAUCACUCAGGUACUCAAAACUUUUGUUUAUAGGCUCAAAUGUAUAUAAACACAUAUUUCAUGGGUUGUUUAUUUUUUGUGAACGCUAUUUCAAAUAUAGAGGUUGGAAGCAGCUUCACCAAAACACUUGAAACAAUCGCCAAUUAACAGGGUAGUGCUCAAAUGUGCUCAUUCGGAAAAGUACGAGCACAAAAUAGACGUAGGAUUUUUCGGCUCUAUCCUAAACAUGCUUCGAAUGAAUGAACGUAACAAGACCGGACUUGGUGGUAUUUUGGGUUCAUUUCUGUGCAAUCGCGCUCUGUUCCUAAUCUGGCCAAGUUUCUCGGCCGCGAAGUAAUGUUUAGUUGUUUUCACUGAAACUAAAGUCUAACUUUUCAAACUCCGCCCCGAGGUCAUUGCAAUUUGCACUGUAAAAACAGUUUCUCAAUAGAGCGCGAUUGCAGUGAAAUACCGCGAUAAUAAAAAAGGAAAAUGCCAAAAUUCGGACACAUUCUCUAGAAAGUUUUGAUUUCAGCUAGUGAACGAGACAUUGACUACAGUAAUUGAAAAUGUGCAGACCAAUCAUGAAAUUUUUUCGAGUAAAGGUAUGAAUGAAUCAUGCACUUAUUAUUAUUAUUAUUAAAAUGUGCUCAUUUUCAGAUAAAACGAAACUGACAAUGAAUAUGAAGGAAGAGUUCAGAGAAUAUGAUCAACUUAGCCUUAGACUCGAAGUAUUUUCAUUCUUGUACAAUGCAUUUGAAAACGGGGCUACCCGAAAUCACAACGCUCCCAGAUCAAAACUGUCCCAAAUCAGAACUGCACCAAAUCAGAGCUGACCCGAAUCAGAACCUAGAAGAACCUGCCGGUGGUUUUUAUUACGAAAAAUCUUCUUGUGACUGGCUUUGAUUUGUUGCAGUUCUGAUUUGGGACAGUUCUAAUUUGUUGCAGUUCUGAUUUAGGACACACUCAGGCAAAUCGUUUCUACUCUAACUAGCUAAUUCUCGUUUCUAACCGAACCUAGUUAGAUUGCUACUGAUUUCUGAAUCUAGCUAGCUGAUUUUGCAAUCUAAACAGCUAGGUUUGCCCGAAAUUUCAAUCUAAUUAGAUACAUUUUGAAUCUAAUAUCAGUGUUUAUGCAAUCUAAUUAGAAAAUUAAUCAGUUCAGUUAUUAUAGGGGCACCGGACAGAAAGGGCGCGCUGUUCGCAAUCUGGCAGAAUUUCUAGUCCGCGAAGUAAUUUUCCACUGAAAACGUGGCCUAACUUUUCAAACUCGGCCCCGAGGUCGCUCAAUUUGCACUGCAAAAAGAGUUUCUCAACAGAGCGCCAUUUCUGUGCGGUGCCCCUAUAAUAGAAGAAUUUGCAAUCUAAUCGCAGUAAAUUAGCAAUCUAAUUAGGUCCGGUUAGAAACACGAAUUAGCUAGCUAGAUUACAAACGAUUUACCUGAGCAGUUCUGAUUUAGGGCAGUAAUGAUUUCGGAGCGUUCUGAUUUGGGGUAGUCUCUUUGAAAAGAGUAACCAGUAUUCAGAAAGAAAACCGCAGAAAUGAGAUAAUAGUUGAUGAUGAAUUGGAACUGGCUAGAGCACAUUGGAUUCAACUAAAAAAGUCCAACAAACAAGUUAUGCGGUUAAUCAGUUUCCGAUUCGACAACACUUUUAUUUUUAGGGUUUGGUCAUUCGGAGUUGUUUCUUGAUAAUGCUUGAAAAAUAUCCUCAAGUACGGCCUAUUUGGGGGUUCGGAAAGAAAUUAGAGGGUCACAAAGAGGAUAAUUGGAAACCUGACCUCAUGGAAGACUUCUAUUUUAGGUUUGUACACGUUACUUCUGGUAAAUGGAUUGCGGUGUUUAAUAAUGUCUAAUAAUGCCAGCGUGAUACUUUCUUGAAUUUGAUUUGAAUUAUUAGACACUGAGUUCUAAUUAAAUUUCAAUCCAUUUACCAGAGAUUUACCAUCGUUUUCCUCUCAGACACCACUGCGCGACUCUGCAAGCAGCAUUGAACAUGAUAAUACAAAAUAAAGACGAUCGAAAUGGAAUGAAGCGAAUGCUGAAUGAGAUGGGAGCACAUCACUUUUUCUACGAUGCCUGCGAGCCUCACUUUGAAGUUUUUCAAGUGUGUUUCAUUGAAGCAAUGCAGUUAGUUUUGAACGGAGGCGAUGCUUUGGAUGAGGAAAUUGAACAGUCGUGGAUCUGUGUAAGUUUGGAAAAUCCUAUACUGAUCAAAGUUCCGUAUUUAUUAGUUACUUCAAAAUAUUCGCCUACACAUUGGAGAAGGCAUCAAAUCUCAACGUUUGAACUACUUAUCGCAGUGCCUGUUGCCGAGGGAAAUGAAAGAAAUUGAAGACGAUUGGAAACGGAUAGAAGAAUUUGGAUUCCAGAACGCUGGAACUAUUCUAUGCGAAGCGGCAAUCGACAGCUAUUCAGAACUAUUAAAGUUGCACAAUUUGAAGCUCGCACUUCCUAUCGAAAAGAGUGAUCGUUCUGGUUUUGGAGUCAUGGCAAACCAGGUUAUGAAGGUAAAGACUUCAUUAACCCGCUUGGUUGAGCAAACGCGCUCCGUCGCCCUCCGUGUUUCUCAUUCAUUUGGAUUUGCUUAAAAUUUCAUCAAAAAUUCUCGUUUUGAGGCUCUCGACAAGACCAUCCAGUCUUAUACUGCAGAAAAUGGUUUCAAAAGUCUAAUCGAGGAGAUUCGAGGUUUUGUUGUCAAGUUUUUAGUAGUUGAAGUGUGUCCCCCACUUAUUCGGAAAGCGUUCAUAGACGGUGAGUACAGUAACCGACAACUUCUCUUUUUACUUUUUUGUUAAGGUCUGGUUAAUAUGUUGUGUAAGGUUCUAAAUGUGAAGCACGUAAAAGAAGACUUUCUACACGUAUGGAAAAAAGUAUAUCGCGUGAUGGAGCAAGCGAUGAUUGCUAAUAUUGUGGUGUAUUGA